CAUCAGUUUAGGGGUCCUUAGCUGCCUGAAGAAAAUGUGUACCGGCCAGUAGUAGCAGUAGCAGCGCUUCAUCUGCCCUUCAGUAGGCUGCUGGAGUUAUUCCUCAUGUGCUAAGUUUCAGCGUGUCAGUCUGUAUACAUUUUAAUGCUGCUCUAGGACUUAAGUGCGUCUCUUGUCUUUGUUCGGUGUUUUUAAACGCAGUCCGUGUAGUUGCUGUAAUGGAGUGUCGUGUGCUAUCUAUUCAGAGUCAUGUUGUCAGGGGAUACGUGGGGAACAAGUCGGCAACAUUCCCGCUGCAGGUGCUGGGUUUUGAAGUGGACUCAAUCAACUCGGUCCAGUUCUCCAAUCACACAGGUUACCCCCACUGGAAAGGACAAGUACUGACAGCAGAGGAGCUGAAUGUGCUGUAUGAGGGUAUCAAGCUGAAUAAGGUGAACCGCUAUGACUACAUCCUCACAGGGUACAGCAGGGACAAGUCCUUCCUAGAGGUGGUGGUUGACAUUAUUCAGGAGCUAAAGAAAGACAAUCCCAGCCUGGUAUAUGUCUGUGAUCCUGUUAUGGGAGACCACGGUGCUAUGUAUGUUCCAGAAAACCUGCUGCCAGUCUACAAGAACAUAGUGGUGCCCUUGGCUGACAUCCUCACCCCCAACCAGUUUGAAGCAGAACUAUUAACUGGAAGGAAAAUGAACAAAGAGGAAGAUGCGCUUGAGGUGAUGGACUUACUUCAUAAAAUGGGUCCGCAAACCGUGGUACUAACUAGUACAGACUUGCCCUCGAAACAAGGGGACCAGUUCCUGGUGGCAUUUGGGAGCCAAAAAAUAGUGAAGCCAGAUGGGACCAACACUAGUCAGAAAAUCUGCAUUGACAUCCCCAAAGUUGAUGCUGUAUUUGUGGGGACAGGGGACCUGUUUGCUGCCAUGUUGCUAGCCUGGACUCACCACCACCCCAAGGACCUGAAGACUGCCUGUGAAAAGACUGUUUCAGUCAUGCACCAUGUCAUUAAGAGGACCAUUACUUAUGCCACUGAGAUGGCUGGUCCCGGGAAAAGGCCCAGUCCUGCACAACUGGAGCUGAGGAUGGUACAGAGCAAAGCCGACAUCGAGGAUCCUGCUAUUGUAGUGGAGGCUAAGGUUUUACAAAAGUCUUUACACUGAAACGUUUCUGUGAUAAUUCACAUCGUGCUGGUACAAAAUCAGCCUUAAAUCUGGGCAGUCUGCCAGACGUGUACGAUUUUCACAUCAAACUGUCAAGUGUCUCUGCCUUACACAAUCUCUGAGGGAGUACAACUGUAACUAUGUUUUUAUGAGAGGGGUCAGCAGCAUUUGUUGGAGGUACAUACUGCUCACAAACACACUGUAGUCACUGCCAUGUAUCUGUACUAUGGCCUGUGUAGACAUCACAUACCCUUCAUAUGGAAAAAAAAAGAUUAUUGAACAGUAUUUGGGUUUAAUUGUGUACAUUUACUUACCCAUAUUUAUUAUGGUGAAAUUUUUUUCCUGCUAUAAAACAGCUUAUUUUGGUUAAACUGAAUAGAAGAUUCACAAACCCAGUGUUGUAUCCAUGUUCAUGCCUCUACUUAUUUUGUCUGUCAUGGUAAGUCAGUGCUUGUAACUUAAAAAUGUUUUUAUCAGAAGGAAUUGUAAGUACAUCAAAAGCAAAGGGUUUAAUGACUUCUGGUGAAAAUGCAUAUAAUAAUUUGAUAACAGUGAUAGUUAUAAAGAUAUUAAUGCACAUGGUAAGUAAAAUGUUGCCACCCUAAACAUUCAGAUUGGGUGCAUUGUAAGUGCUGAGAUGUGUAGCCCCCAUAAGAUGUCAGACAUCUUAUGCAAUUAAUACUGUAUGUAGUCUAUCCAGUUUCAUAUAUUUGGUUUUAUUUUGUUUUAGAGAAGUUGUACUGAGAGUAAUAAUAAUAGAUGUCGAAAGUGUUCUUUUAAAGAUUUUUAAAAAUGUUUUUCACCUCCUUUUUUAAAUUAUUCAAAGCUUUCUUGAACUAGCAGAUGUGUAACACGUUAAAUCCAUGUCUUAAACAUCUCAAAUUGAGGUAUUUGCACAGAUGAUCUUUACUAUAUUUACUAAUGGUUAUUGUUUUAUUUUUUGACUGUCAUAACUAAAAGAGCCAGUUGUGAGACCAAGCUGAAUAAUAGCUUUAACAGGGUUAGGAUGAAAAAACACUGAUUAUGAAUAUUUGUGUACCAAUGUAAUAGUUGAUCCUCAAACACUGUUAGAAAGUCAAGUGCCAAACCUUGAGCUGCUGUUCUCAUACAGAGCAUUAUAAGAAGAGAAGAAAUAAAUUCUUAAUCUUUUACUGAA